AUGUAUAUCUCCAAAGGUCUCUUUCUCCUUUCCACCCCCUUUGCCCUUGGGGGCCUAGCAGCAGCCGGUGGUUGCGGCGAUGCUGAUGCCUGCGUUGGGACUGAAUAUUGCACAACUGCCACCUUCACCACUCCCACAGCGACGACUAUUACAACUUGUGUUCCCACGCCGACUUGCUUAGGGGUCUAUUCUACGAAGUGCCGUCCGACGGACCCGAAAUGGCCCGGUUGCUCGGAGGAUCUCGGUGUUUGCUUGGCUGAUGAGAACUGCUGUUAUAAGAAUAAGUGUAUUGAUGGCCUUUGUCGCAGAGUUAAAACGGAGAAAAGGGCAGUGCUCUUUUGA